CACAAGGUGUCUUUGCUAAAUUCUGUUCACUUGCAACAAUGGCUUGGACUAGAUCUACUUGCAUUCUCUCCUUUAUCUGGUUUGCUCACAUAACAGCUGUAUCGAUUAAGCAUCUUUCUAAAGGAAAUGUACAUGAUGCACAUCUUGAAGAACAGAAGGAUAUUUCAGAACUCAAUUUAGCUGCAGGGUUGGACCUCUUUCAAGGGGACAUCCUCCUGCAGAAUUCCAGAAAUGGCCUGAGAGACCCCAAUGCCAUGUGGAAGUUCCCCAUUCCUUACAUUCUGGCAGACAAUCUGGAGCUGAAUGCCAAAGGAGCCAUUCUCUAUGCCUUUGAAAUGUUCCGUCUCAAGUCCUGUGUGGAUUUCAAGCCCUAUGAAGGAGAGAGCACAUAUAUCAUCUUUCAGCAGUUUGAUGGGUGCUGGUCGGAGGUUGGCGACCAACACAAAGGACAGAAUCUUUCCAUUGGCCCGGGGUGUGACUAUAAGGCCAUCAUCCAACACGAGAUCCUGCAUGCUUUGGGAUUUUACCAUGAGCAGUCAAGGACAGACCGGGAUGAUUACGUGAAAAUCUGGUGGGAUGAAAUUCUUCCAGGUUUCGAGCACAACUUUAACACCUAUGAUGACAACUUCAUCACAGACCUCAACACGCCCUAUGAUUACGAGUCUUUGAUGCACUAUGCACCUUUCUCAUUUAACAAGAAUGAAAGUGUCCCUACUAUCACGGCCAAGAUCCCUGAGUUUAACUCUAUCAUUGGGCAGCGACUGGAUUUCAGUACUAUUGAUUUGGAGAGGCUGAACCGAAUGUACAAUUGUACCACAACUCACACCCUUUUGGACCACUGUGCUUUUGAGAAGGCAAACAUCUGUGGGAUGAUUCAGGGUACCAGAGAUGACGCAGACUGGCUCCAUGAGAACAGCGCUCAGCCUGGGCAAGUGGAUCACACCUUGGUGGGAAAAUGCACAGGUGCCGGCUACUUCAUGCACUUCAACACCAGCUCGGGGCUGUCAGAGGAGGCAGCCCUGCUGGAGUCUCGGAUUCUUUACCCAAAGAGGAAGCAGCAGUGCCUGCAGUUUUUCUAUAAAAUGACAGGAAGCCCUUCAGAUAGACUUGUCAUCUGGGUCAGGAGGGAUGACAGCACGGGCAAUGUUCGCAAGCUGGUCAAGGUGAAGACCUUUCAAGGAGAUUUUGACCAAAAUUGGAAAAUUGCCCAUGUGACACUCAGAGAGGAAAGGAAGUUUCGCUACGUUUUCCAGGGCACAAAAGGUGACCCCCAGAACUCAACUGGAGGGAUUUACCUGGAUGAUGUCACUCUGACGGAAACCCCAUGCCCCACAGGGGUUUGGACAGUACGGAAUUUCUCCCAGUUUCUUCAGAACACAGUUAAAGGGGACCGCAAACUGAGCCCUCGAUUCUACAAUUCAGAGGGAUAUGGUUUGGGGUUGACCUUGUACCCUCAUGGUAGAAGUAACUCCGUUAGCUCUGGCUACUUAGGGCUUGCUUUUCACCUGUGCAGUGGGGAGAAUGACGCUGUCCUGGAGUGGCCAGUGGAAAACAGACAGGUGAUAAUGACAAUACUCGACCAGGAACCUGAUGUUAGGAAUAGAAUGUCCUCAAGCAUGGUGUUCACUACCUCUAAGUCCCAGACAUCUUCAGCAAUAAACGGCUCUGUCAUCUGGGACAGACCAUCCAUUGUGGGAUCUUAUGAUCAGGAUUGUGAGUGUUAUAGAAGCAUGGACUGGGGCUGGAGUGCUGUCAUCUCCCACCAAAUGCUGAAAAGGAGGAAUUUCCUUAAAAAUGAUGACCUUAUCAUUUUUGUGGACUUUGAAGAUAUCACCCACCUCAACCAGACUGAAGUUCACACUAAAAACACAAGGCUCACUCCUCAAGGCCUCGUUCUCCAGGACCAAGAGCAGCAGGCCUCAGAAGAAGGUUCAGGGAAGGCCUUGUUAGAGAAAGCCCCACCUGGCGGCCUGGGCCAGAGGCAGCCCAGCAGACAGAAACGGUCAGUGGAGAACACAGGCCCUAUGGAGGACCACAACUGGCCACAGUACUUCAGAGACCCAUGUGACCCGAACCCUUGCCAAAAUGAAGGCAUCUGUGUGAACGUGAAGGGGAUGGCGAGCUGCAGGUAGGCCCUGUGG